AUGAGGGAGAGAAGAAGUAGUGAUGACUACAUCUUCAGUCGCUACAGUGUUGGCGAUCAGCUUGGGAAAGGUGGUUUUGGUGUGGUGUAUGAAGGGAGACGUUUGUAUGAUGAUCUUAAAGUGGCUUUGAAAUAUGUCACGAAGACCAGGGACACGAAAUGUUUAUUAAUUCCUGAUCAUCCAAACCACCUUCCAAUAGAGAUCGGCCUCACCAUCCGGGCGAAUAAAGGUCCCAGCGUGCCAGAGAUCAUCAGGCUGCUGGACUGGCAGGACCACCAUGACCACUUCGUAAUGGUCCUCGAAUGUCCCUCUCCCUGUGAGGAUCUCGUUCAGUUCAUGAAGCGUCACGGUGGGAGACUCAAUGAAGAGAAAACCAGGCAAAUCAUGCGGCAGGCGACUCAAGGUGCAAACAUGUGCUGCCUUCCUGGAGUCCUCCACCGAGACAUAAAACUGAACAACCUCCUGAUUAACAGAGAGACAUCCGAAGUCAAGCUGACUUCGCCAUACAGGUCAUACUCUUGUAUGUGUUGUCACUCAAAGCUGCAGUUUGGCACUUGCUGAGUAACAAGGUAAAUCAAACUUACACAUCAGACAAAAUCUCUUUCCUCCAGGCACAGCAGUGUACUCCACUCCUGAGUACCAUGAGAGGGGGAUGUAUUAUGGCAGGCAGGCGACGGCAUGGUCACCUGGAGUUUUGAUGUUCGUAAUGUUAUGCAGACAUUACCCAAGUGGCUAUGACCUGCUGCUCCUUAAACGGAAGCUCUGGUCCAAACCUGGCCUGUCAACAGGUGAGAUCUAGAAAUAAUCAUUCAGAAUCAAAAGGUUUAAAAGUUUAAGGUAAUCAAAGUUUAAGGUAAUAAUCAGACGUCCCUCCCGUCUUCUUGCACAGAGUGCUGUCAUUUACUCAGGGCUCUCCUGCAGGACAAGCCAAGUCGACGACUUGGACUGGGUCUAAUCCUGUCUCACAACUGGUUUAAGGUAGUGAACCUUAGAUCAGCUAAGAAACUAUUUAUUUUCUCAUGGGAAGACAUUGCCAAGUCUUAUUUCUGUUUUGUUCCAGUUGGCGUCUCUCAUGGCAGCUUGGCGUCUUGCGGGCUGCAAUGGGAGACGCUUCCAUCCCUCCUCUCGCCUUUGCGUCUUGCGGGGCGAGCAAGCCUUGCAUUGCGUCUUGCGCCUUGGCUUGAGGAAGCAGUAUUUGCGUCUGGCGGUACUGCUCCCGGAGGGAUGUGUAGCUCCUUCCGACCACCUUGAUGCCAGCCACAGGUACUAAAGAGAUUUCCAGACCAGUCUGUCAAUGCCUCCUCAAUGCCAGUGCUCAAGAUCGUCUCAGUCACCUUGGUCUCUAAGCUUCCUGUCAUGACUGCCCGGUCCUAGACGUUCUUGUCACGGCUGCCUCAGAUGUCCGGGUAUCAGAGCUCCCAAUUUCAUCCACACUGGUGUCAGAGCUCUUGGUGUCCAACCAGCCAGUAAAAGCAAAUCUGAAAUAAAAAAAUUAGAAAUUAAUGUUUACAUUUAAUCAUUUUGGGAAAUAAUUUUGUACUUACUAAUGCAGGUAAGUAAAAGUGAAAGACAAUAAAAGUGUUUAAACAGAAUUGAUUUAAAUCUUUAAAUCUAUUUAUACUGUAAAAUCUUUAAGACAAAGAUGUAAAAUAUCCCACAACUUUAUUGAUUUGGCUUGAUUAUAUGUCAACAAGUUUUAAACAAAUAAAAAUGCAGCAGAAUUUCUUUAAAUAAUGUGAAAUGUAGUGACAUUUUAACAAAACAUGAGGUUAUUUAUAAAAUAGUUUUUCUCAGUAAUCUGUACUAUAAUAACAAAUUUCCAUUCUGUUUGUCACACCAAAGGAAACAAUGCAUACACCAAAAACAAAGCUGUUUGGAUAAGGUCUUUAUUUUCUUUUGUCUUUGAAACAAACAAAAAAGUGCAAAAGACAAAAGUAAUUAUUCGUAAUAAUAAACGGAUGAUUAAAAAUUAGUUUAUAAAAUGUACAUUUUAAUAAAAAAGAAACAGGGAUCUUACACAUUAAAAGUGCACUUGCUAAAGUUGUCUCCUUCAAAAAGAAAAUACAUUUUAAAAAAAUCAAUUUUUAAAUGACGUACACAUGGCAUGCAAGCUCCAGACGUAUACAGGUAAACAGGGCCUAAAAUUAACAAUUUUAAAAUUAACCAACCACCAAAUGAGAGUAAAAAUCGGUGUUGAUGAGUAUGUGAAACGGUGUCAAUCGUCAGUUGGCCGGUAACGUUUUCUACAUUUUCAUUUCUAACAAUACAUUGUUGUGGGAACAUGAACGUGAACAAACAUGAAUGACGCUCGGGACAGUGCUUCAUCAUCACAAAAGUUCAAGCUUUGCCAAUUUAAAUAUCCAAGUGCAACAAGAUGCAAAAGGGAACUCAAUUUGUUACUCGUGCGCUGUGUGGGAAGCUUAGUGGGCGCAUUUUGUGCAAACAUCUUAAGUAAACAUAUGGCUUGAGUGAAUGUAAACACUGUGCAGUAUCAGUAUAUUGGAUCUGUGCAUUCAUUCUUAAAGUGACAGCAGCCUAAUAUUUCUGCUGCUGCCUGUGUUUUUAAUGUUAAUCAAACAAAAAAGGUAAAGGAAAAAAAAAAAUCACUCUAAAAAAGCUAAAAUGUUGGUGUUAUAAAUGGCUAUUUUUGCAAAACCAGUUCAAUGGCCAGUAAAAAAUAUGUCACCUGCCACUAACAGGUGUGGCAAAAACUUUUAUGCCCUGCAGGUAAGUGUUCCAGAAAAAGCUGUUCAGUUCUACAUCAGGUUAUUGUUUAAAAGCAAACAGUUUUAAUGAAAAUACUAUUAUAUAUGACAGAUUACAAAUUGUAAUCAAACUUGCAUUUAAAGAUAUGGAAACUGUAGUCUGCUGAAUAGCAAUAAAAAUCUCUGGCAGCCUUUCAGCUGUAGACACAGAGAGGUUGUGAGUCAGGAGUAAGCACUAGAAAAGAGAACAAGACACACAUUCAACACCACAGACACUUACUCAACUGAAAAAAAAAAGGUCUACAAAGACAUUCACAACAACUCAAAAAUACGCAGUGCUCAUUAUAUAACACACGUGAGACUUAAAGUCUUUUCUGUUGAGAUGAUCACAUUAUACUCUACAGUGAGGUAAAAAUAAUUUAUUGUGUAAAACAGUGUAAUAUAAUUUAUAUACCAAAAAGUGUUGGAAUGGAAAUCAUUUAGCAUAAUUAGAAUUAAUUAUCCAUGGGUGUUAUAUAUUUUUAUGUUUAUUAUGUGUCAUUUAGUUUACCAACAUGUUAACAGACAAACUCAACUGAAAUCAACUGCGAGUUGAGUGUCCCGUGUUUGGAUGACAGACAUUUCAAAUCCAUCUUCCAGUUAUCCAAAUCCAGUUGUGAUGUAGCUUUACUAAGCAAGGGAACUUACUAGAUUUUAAAACAGAACCCAAGUGUCUAAAAUUACAAGUAUGUGAACUCUGAUCUGGUGAAGCGUGCCAGCGUCCCGAGCCCUACAAUUCCUGUUAGGCCGUUCAAGGCAAGCAGAGCAAGAUGGCGCCAAUGAUGACAUCAGCUCACAGGACGUACGACUGCCAAAUGACAAAAUAGAGCGCCAGCAGCACUGUGGCCCCUGUGGUGAUCAGAUUCGAACCCUGUGUAGCCCUCACUCUCCUGUAGCUUACCCCUGACCCCAGAGGAACAAUUAAAAUGUUUUUACAAAACAAUGAAAGGAUCUCGCCAGACUCACCCCAGUACACCCUCAGGACCUCAAGACCACCAUAAGAAACAGCAGACACACAUCUAGAGCAAGUCGCCCACCAGGGUAACUCAACACAUGAGCUGUUAAACAGCAUAAAAACCACAAGAUAUGCAUGCGUUUUAAUCUCUGAAAACCUCUUCUUAACAAGACAAAAAGGUAUGGAGUGUUGUUCACUUGCCUAACAAUCAGAGCAGUACACAUUGAGAUAGCUAGCUGAUAGUUUGAACACGGAUUCAUGCAUAAAUGCUCAAAUCGAUACUCGGUGCUAUCUUAAAAGAACAGACUAUGACUGAUGACAGUCUUCAUUCCAUCAUGUGUGAGGUGGAAAGCAUCAUCAACAACAGACCAAUAACUAGUACCUCAGAAGAUCCAAAUGACCUUGAGACACUUUUUUUCUCCACAAAACCUUUGCUCUCUAGAAACCAUGUCAGUUUGGGUUGAAAUUAUUUUAAUUAAAAUAAGGACAUGCAUCAGAAAAAUAGACAUUUAAUAUAUAAUAGGGCAUCUGUUUUGGUUAAACAUGUUAAGUAAGUUAUCUGCAGCAUUCCAUUCAGUUAUCAUGGCUCUAUGUGCAAGCCAGAGAAAGUUUGAGUUUAAAGUUCAAAGUAAAGUGGUCUUGCCACUUAAUGUGUUUUGAUUGAAAUGUGUAUUGUUUGGAUUGAAAUAAUUGUUUUUCCAAAUUCUCUAGGCAUGAUUGUUUAUAUUUACAGUUCUGGUUUGAAUUUAAAAAUUAAAAUCAAUAAUCACAAUUAAGUAGUUCUGUUUUUAUGUUUAGAUAAUCAAGUGUGACAACUUACUCGACGAUGGGGCAAAUUGUCACAAGUGCACAUUCUCUAUUCAAUAGUCUACAACUUCGUAAUGAGAUAAGAUAUGAAAAUUUAAUAAAUACAACAUAUGUGCCCAAGACUUCCUUCUUUCAUUUGGUAUGACAUUUAUACCAUUGUAAUGUAUGGUGCUCAGACAGACAUUGUGAAAAGUGUGACAACUUACCCCGCUCUCCCCUACUGUUUGACCUUGAGGAAUGCAUACCGUGAAUCUGCAGGGAUUUCUGUGGCCAAGAUUUUACACUGCUUACAGGGACCAUCUUCACUGUCUGCGAAAUUUCCCACAACCUUACUGGCCAUAUAUCCAGCUAUGAAAACCAGCACACUUCCAUCAUGGUCAAAGGCAGAUGCUGGUGGUGAAACUAGUGGCCUCAUCUCACUCAGCAGGUCCAGGACACGUUUGGUGGGACACCCUCAGGGAUGUUGACAUCAGACCCCAGCACAGCAUCACUGUUCUGGAAAAACAAAAUACAUACAAAUAUUAAUCAUUAGGUUUACCUGAUGAUAUUUCACAAAUAAAAUUAAAUGUAUUAUGAGAAUUUCCAUUAAGAUUAAGUGCAGGCUUAUUUACAGAGGGUUGCAUUUGAUAUAUUUCUCCACUCUUUUAAUCAGGUUUUCUCUUUAAUUUUACCCCUCUCUGUAUAUUUUAGUUAUCACUGACUUCUUAUUAACACCGGCCUUCCUAGUCAUCUUUGGCCGGUUUACUUUCCUCAUUUUACAGUUUGUUUUUGCUUUUUGGCAUGUCUGUAUAUAUUUUAUAGUCUGUUAAACCCCUUGUGUUAAUGCAUAAUUAGUGACAAUAAACCAAUGCUGAUUCUGAGUUGCCUAGACCUCAUGUUCUUGUAGAUAGCUGGUCCUG